AUGCGGAAGACACUGGAGCAACUCAGCGGAAGACACUGGAGCAACUCAGCGGAAGACACUGAGCAACUCAGCGGGAAGACACUGGAGCAACUCAGCGGAAGACACUGGAGCAACUCAGCGGAAGACACUGGAGCAACUCAGCGGAAGACACUGGAGCAACUCAGCGGAAGACACUGGAGCAACUCAGCGGAAGACACUGGAGCAACUCAGCGGAAGACACUGGAGCAACUCAGCCGGAAGACACUGGAGCAACUCAGCGGAAGACACUGGAGCAACUCUCAGCGGAAGACACUGGAGCAACUCAGCGGAAGACACUGGAGCAACUCAGCGGAAGACACUGGAGCAACUCAGCGGAAGACACUGGAGCAACUCAGCGGAAGACACUGGAGCAACUCAGCGGAAGACACUGGAGCAACUCAGCGGAAGACACUGGAGCAACUCAGCGGAAGACACUGGAGCAACUCAGCGGAAGACACUGGAGCAACUCAGCGGAAGACACUGGAGCAACUCAGCCGGAAGACACUGGAGCAACUCAGCGGAAGACACUGGAGCAACUCAGCGGAAGACACUGGAGCAACUCAGCGGAAGACACUGGGCAACUCAGCGGAAGACACUGGAGCAACUCAGCGGAAGACACUGGAGCAACUCAGCGGAAGACACUGGAGCAACUCAGCGGAAGACACUGGAGCAACACAGCGGAAGACACUGGAGCAACUCAGCGGAAGACACUGA